AUGGGGCCUGAGAAGGUCUUGGCCGGCACGGAGCUCCUCCAGGAGCUCCAGUCCCUACGGUCGCACACGGAGGCCCUGGAAGCUCGCAUGGCCGAGAGGUUGCAGGCCAGAGCCGUUGUGGAGGAAGAGGAGGAAGAGGAGGGUGCUGGCGACUUAGAGUGUGACUCCCAAAUCGGCUCUGAACUCUGGGGCCGAAAGGAAGUCGCAGAGUCGGAGAGUCGGGUUGGGUCAACGCGGAGGUCGCUGCGCCGCGUAGUGACCCGCAGCUCGGAGUUGCUGUCCCUGCGGAAGACCAGCCAAAGGGACCAGGCACGCCUGGGCAGCUACCCUGUCCCACCGGAGGCAUACAUUUGGUGGUGCAAUCGCUUCCAGGUGCCGGGAGGUGAGAUCAAGCAGACCUUCUCCCACCUCCAGCAGAAGAUCAUGUGGCAGUGGUUCUGGAACGCCCCUGGCCGCUGGUACUGGCGCCUGUCCGCUUGGGCCUGGCCGGUGGGAGUCCCUGCGCUGCUCAUGUACAUCUUCGUCUACAAGUCCUGCGAAUGCGAUGUGGAGCAGUCGAUCAAGGCGAAGACGUGGUGGUGA